CCCGCUUCGCUGUUAGAAUGUUCCGUGACGGUGGGGGAGAGCGGAUCCCACCCAGGUUAGGUCGGAGGAACAGCGCCAUGUGCUCCGGGCUCCCCGCUCUCCUGCUGCCCAUCUGGCUCUCCUGGACCCUGGGGACGCGAGUCAUAGAGCCCCGCAGCGUGAAUGAUCCUGGGAACAUGUCCUUUGUGAAGGAGACGGUGGACAAGCUGUUGAAAGGCUACGACAUUCGCCUAAGACCCGACUUCGGGGGUCCCCCGGUCUGCGUGGGGAUGAACAUCGACAUCGCCAGCAUAGACAUGGUUUCCGAAGUCAACAUGGACUAUACCUUGACCAUGUAUUUUCAACAGUACUGGAGAGAUAAAAGGCUCGCCUAUUCUGGGAUCCCUCUCAACCUCACGCUUGACAAUCGAGUGGCUGACCAGCUAUGGGUACCUGACACAUAUUUCUUAAAUGACAAAAAGUCAUUUGUGCAUGGCGUGACAGUGAAGAAUCGGAUGAUCCGCCUCCACCCGGAUGGGACGGUGCUGUAUGGGCUCAGAAUCACCACGACUGCAGCAUGCAUGAUGGACCUGAGAAGAUAUCCCUUGGACGAGCAGAACUGCACUCUGGAGAUUGAAAGCUAUGGCUACACCACGGACGACAUUGAAUUUUACUGGCGUGGUGGUGACAAGGCUGUUACCGGAGUGGAAAGGAUUGAGCUUCCACAGUUCUCCAUUGUGGAGCAUCGUCUGGUCUCCAGAAAUGUUGUCUUUGCCACAGGUGCCUAUCCUCGGCUGUCACUGAGCUUUCGGUUGAAGAGAAACAUUGGAUACUUCAUCCUCCAGACUUACAUGCCCUCUAUCCUAAUUACGAUUCUCUCGUGGGUGUCCUUCUGGAUCAAUUAUGAUGCAUCUGCGGCUCGAGUUGCCCUUGGGAUCACGACCGUGCUGACCAUGACAACCAUCAAUACACACCUUCGGGAGACAUUGCCCAAAAUCCCCUAUGUCAAAGCCAUUGACAUGUACCUCAUGGGCUGCUUUGUCUUUGUGUUUCUGGCCCUUCUGGAGUAUGCCUUUGUCAACUACAUUUUCUUUGGAAGAGGCCCUCAAAGGCAGAAGAAGCUUGCUGAAAAGAACGCCAAGGCAAAGAAUGACCGGUCAAAGGGUGACAGCAACCGGGUGGAUGCUCAUGGAAAUAUCCUGUUAACAUCGCUGGAGGUUCACAAUGAAAUGAACGAGGUAGCAGGCGGCGUUGGUGAUACCAGGAAUUCAGCAAUAUCCUUUGACAACUCAGCAAUCCAGUACAGGAAACAGAGCAUGCCUCGGGAAGGGCGACACAUGGGGGCCAGAAGCAUCCCGCACAAGAAGACCCAUCUACGGAGGAGGUCGUCACAGCUCAAAAUUAAAAUUCCUGAUCUAACCGAUGUGAAUGCCAUAGACAGAUGGUCCCGGAUUGUGUUUCCUUUCACUUUUUCUCUUUUCAACUUAGUUUACUGGCUGUACUAUGUUAACUGAGUGACUGUACUUGAUUUUUCAAAGACUUCAUUUAACACUGAGUGAAAUAUUACUCUGCCUGUCAAGUUUUUAUACCUGUACACACACACAGACACACACACGCAGACACACACAUAUAUACAUACGCAAUUGUAUAUAUAUGUGAACUUUCUCAGCAUAUAUAUCAAAUACACGUGUAUAUGAGGAUGUGUGUGUAUAUGUUUCUACGCACAGGUGUGAGUACCUGUGUGUAUGUAAAACAAAUACACAUACAUAUAUACAUUUUGCAGCUAUGGACAAUUUAACACAGGAUGCAUAUUAAAGAAAGGCAUAGUUUUUUUCUUUUUUAAUUGAAAGGGACAAGCAUCGUCUAAAUAUUAUGCCUUGAGAAUGAGGGCGCAAAACACAAUAUCAUCCCAAAAUGUGUCUUUUACUAUCCUGAGUUAGAUGUUUUAGUUUAAAAAGCAGAAAGAAACUCUUAGUUAUUCUUCAGGAACUCAUACAGUGGUAUUGCUAGUUUAAAACAAGCCACACUUCAUAUCCUUUUUCAGUUUAUUAAGCGAAGGCUUUUCAGCUUUCUUGGCAAUGAGGUUGACUUUCGUGGGGCAGACUUUUUCUGUACUGGUUCAGCGGGCGGGGUGAGCUUCUGACACUCGCUCGCCUGUUUCUUACACACGGGGAGGGCCCACCUUGAUGUUCGAACUUCCAUCUUCUGACAGCCCAUCGAGGAUGGAUGGCAUCUCAUUGUAAGUACUCUGCUGUACAGUGUUGUUUUUUUUUUCCUCUCACUUGGACUGGAUCCAGCUGACCCAUCGUAUGGGACACAGCGGCACAUUUUGGCAAUGUUGAGUUGACAUUUCAGUCACUGAACACCUGCUCCACAUCUCAUGGAUUUCUAGGCCUGGUAUCUAAAUGGAAAGCUUAGACGUCUCAGGUUAUUUGUUCCUCUAAGGUAAAAAUCAUCUAGGAUGAUUUUCCCCCUCGUCUUUAAGUUAUCAAUCACUCUUGGAACAUUGUAUGUUAAUAUCAACUAUAUUUGCAUAAUAUGCAUUAUAAUAUGUAUAUUUACCAAGAUUCUGUUUCUUAUGCUUGCUCUCAUGGCAGCAUGCGACGUCCUCUUUUUCUUUCUGUGAUGUAACUACUUUCUGUUCUCUAGAAUUCAGACUGAAGCGCAAACACUUCUGUUCAAUUUCAGAAACUGAGACACAUCCUCAUGCCUUUAUUUCUGUAUCUGACAUAUUCAUAAGCACACCCAACUACUCCUAGUUUAACUAGGACGCUGCAGGAACAUGCCCAGUCCACACCAUCCAUCACCCAGGGACCCAUGACCAUUCUCUUGAGGCAAAGGACAGCAACCUGACAACAAACACAGUCACUUUUGGUUCCUUCUGAUCCACAGCCUCAUCAGUAUUUGGACUUUUUAAAGCUCGUAGAAACAAGACAAGGUGCACCGGUUUCAUAGAUGCAACCUUAACUUACUAUUUAGAUGAGAUCUUUCUAAAGAAAAAAAAAGAGAUGAUAUAUUUUUUGUAAACAAUAUUUCUAUCACAGGCAUCCAUAAACUGAAAUGACUACAGUUGUGCAAACAGAUGUCACAGUGAAGUUAAGCAUUUGGAGAAACAAAAAAGCAAACUAUUCAGGAAAGAACUGCUAAAUUACGACUUUAUCCCCAAAUACCACAUAUGCCUCACCCUCUCUGUUCUGUCUGAAACCCAGGACCAGAGUCCCGCCUGGUACUCAGAACCGGCCCCAGUUUUCCCCGCGUAGGCAGAGGCACAUCCCUCCCUGUGGUGCCUGUGCUCUGGGCUCUCCUGGGAACUGGCCCCUACUUGAUUUUCCUUGGCGGCUGAUGGCAACUUCUAACUUGUGGGAGUCUUUAACAGUUCAAUACCCCUCCCCGUCAGGUAGAAUCCAGACCACGAAAUCUCAUGCUAGAAGCAGUGACCAGUUUUUAUAUCCUCUCCUUUCUCUCAUUCUUAUCUUUCUUCAGCAUCUUCUCCCAACCGCUGCUCUCUGGUUUUUGUUUGUUUGUUUGUUUUACUCUGGAGACUAGCCAGUGAUUUCUUGUUCCUUGGCUUUUCUCUGACAAUUUUUUUUUCCCAUGGGUAACAAUGGGGGAUCCUAAAAGUUCAACAGAUUGGGAACAACCUUGUAAGUGGCCUUAUCAUUGUUAACACGUUAAAAAAAAAAAAAAAAAAAAAAAAAAAAAAAAAAAAGGACAUUGUGAAGACCUUUCCCUUUCAAUACUUGGUAUCUUUGUCUGUAUCAGUGGUUCGAGGAGAGUUCCACAUGCAGAAGAGGGACCCCAAAAGGCAAAUGAACAUGGACAAAAGCAUCAACAGUUGAUUUAAGUGUACAAGCAUAUGGUUUAUAUAUUCAGAACUGUGACAUUAAUUCUUUCCUGGGAGAAAAGGGAUUCAAAACGUUUUUUGAUGCAUAGUUGAGGUACCCAACUAUCAAAGGCAGAGACCCCCAUGGGGCUCAGAAGAGCUGCAGUCCCAAGGUUUUCUGGAUAUAAAUUUGCAUGGUAUAGACAUAAUAGCUUUUGAGCUUUUUAUAUGCAUUUGGCACCAAGACUGGGAUCCACAACUUUGUAGACACUGCAAUGACGUUAAACAUAAUAGCUAUACUAUAAAUAGUGUUUGUAACUACACAUGCACACACACACACAAAUACAUACAUAUAUUCUGUAAAAAGGAAAACUUUUUAAGAUCCUUGGGUAUGUGUUUGCUUUACUCCACUUUAGAAGAAAAUUACUUUUCUUCUAAGAAAAUUAUUUUAUAGCUUCUCCAUUUUUAAAAGUUGUGAGCACUGUUGAGAAGCAGAACUCUGCUGCCAGAAGAGAGUUGUGUUUGGUUCUCUCUCCUGUUACAAUGCCCUCUCAUUUCUCCACAGUAGUUACUGGAGCCAGUGAGUACGGUGUGUUGAUGAAUUCUGAACCUGGACCCCUGACAUUAAUGUGAGGUGGCUGUUCCCACAUCCAGACCUCUUGAGUAAGGAGAGAAAAGUUGGAUUUGGAAUAUGAUAAUCUCUUUCUCAACAACUGAACGUAAUAAAAAGUUGAUUUUCUA